UUCUGCACGUCGGCGACAGCUCUAUUCUUACAAGAAAAGAUUGCGGUUCGAGCCAUGCGUCCAAGAUCGAGAAUACUGUGGGCGGCUACUUUGGCAGCCAGCCGCGCCCUUGUUGUUAUUGCGCAACUUUCGAGCGACGCCGACUCGAUCGUGGAACCAGCCGAAUUCAACAUUGAAGAAGCGCUCCUGCAGCACGGCAUCAAUGUAUCUGGGAUUCCCGACCUGGUAGAUCUCGGGAGAAGAUCAGAGAAAGGAUGCUCUGUAGCCGUGGUGCAGCUCGUUGAGAUUCAUUUACGGCGACGACACCGUCGAGACGAGAGACGAGGUAGCUUAUACCGACUUCAUCAGCCUCUACUGGUCGACGAUACAGGCCGAGGUCAGGCCGAGGUCAGGCCGUAUUGUAUCUUCAAACCGUUCGAACCAGAGCACGUAUCGGUCGUCGUACUUCUAUCGCGCCUGACGCAGUGUCCCUUCGCGGUGAAGAGUGGCGGCCACGCUGCGAUGGCGGGAGCGUCCAGCAUCGAGGGCGGAAUCACCGUCUCCUUUACGAAUAUGAGGAGAAUUUCGUUGUCUUCAGACAGGAAGGUUGCCUCGGUCCAGCCCGGGAACGUCUGGGGCGAUGUGUACCAAGAGCUCACCAAGUACGACGUCACUGUCAUUGGGGGGCGGAUAUACAGCGUCGGCGUCGGGGGGCUUACGACCGGAGGCGGAAUCUCCUUCUUUUCUGGUCUGUACGGCUGGGCCUGCGACAACGUGGACAGCUACGACGUCGUGAUCGCAACCGGAGCCAUCGUCCGAGUCACGGAGACGUCGUUCCCGGACCUUUUCUGGGCCCUCCGCGGCGGCGGGAACAACUUCGGCCUCGUCGUCGGCUUCAACUUCCGCACCGUCCCGCUCCCUGGCGGCAACAUGUGGGGCGGGUCCCGGACCUACACCGAAGACCAAUUCCCCCGGGUCGCCGAGGCCUACGCCAACAUCAUCGCCAACGCGGAAGAGGACCCCAAGGCCGGCCUGUGGCACGUGUACCUUUACCUCAACGGCACCAAGCUGUCGCCGACGACGCUGUACUACGCGGAGCCGGACGGCCAAGACGCCGACAUCUUUUCCGAGUGGAACGCCAUCCCCGCCGUCGCCGACACGACGCGGAACCGCGCCGUCGCUGAUUACGCCAGGGAGAACACGGAGAACACGCCUUUGGGCCUGCGGGAGAUCUUCGCCGUGAUCACCACCAAGGCCGACGUCGAGAUCGUCAACCUCGCGCGGGACAUCUACUUCGAGGAGGUCCUCGCGGUCGCGGACGUGCCUGGCAUCGUGCCCUGCCUGGUGGCACAGGGCAUCACGGUGCCGAUGCUCAAAGCGAUGCGGAGGAGCGGCGGCAACGCGCUGGGUCUGGACGUCGAGGACGGGCCGUUCUACAUCCUGGAGGUGUCCGUCAUGUGGAGCAACCGAGGGGACGACGACGCCGUGUACGCGUUCGCGUCGGCGGUGCUGGGCAGGGUCAACGCCGAGGCCAAGGCGCGCGGGAUGGACAACGACUACAUCUACAUGAACUACGCCGCUCAGUUCCAGGACGUCGUCACCGGGUACGGGCCGGAGAACAAGGCCCGGCUGAAGCGGAUCGCGAAGAAGUACGACCCGAAGGAGAUCUUCCAGAAGUUGCAGCCGGGGUAUUUCAAGCUUGACCGCGCACCGGUUUCGGACCCGCGGUAUUUCAACUGGCAGUGA